UUUAACGCCAUAUUGUGCUACAGAGUAAGUGGAGUUGUAGUGGUGGUGAGUUAUUUAUUUAUUACACUGGAAGAAUAAAAGCUCCUUUUAGUGAAAUCUCCUGCCAAAACAUUUUUCUUUCAAUAAAUAGUAAUGUUUUAAAACUAUUUGCCAGAAACCAACAAGCUGCUGUAGUUGUGUUGAGGAAUUACAGUUGAAAUGUCUAACAUCGCUCUGGAUAAAGAUGCCUUCUUCAGGCGGAUGAAACGUUUAUAUUCUGGCUGGAACGAUGCAGGAAAUGGAGCGGAAGGCCUGGGGAAAGCUGAUGCCCUCGUCUCAGGGGUGGGAGUAGAUGAGGAUGUGGUCUACAGCAAGUCUAUUGCUCUUCAGACUUGGCUACUGGGCUAUGAGCUGACCGAUACCAUCAUGGUUUUGACCAAGGACGCCAUCCACUUUUUGGCGUCCAAAAAGAAGAUAGAGUUCCUGCGCCAGGUGGAGGCCAGCAAGGAUGAGAACAGUGUACCUCCUGUCAAGCUGCAUACUAGAGAUAAGGGCGGAGAUGACAAAGCAGCAUUCCAGAAACUGGUAGAUGCCAUAAAAGGCAGCAAGUACGGAAAGAAUGUCGGUGUUUUUGCCAAGGAUGCCUACCCCGGACCUUUCAUGACUGCGUGGAAAGCAGUCCUUGAGAAAGAGAAUUUUACACAGGUGGACAUGAGUGUGGGGGUGGCUGCUAUCAUGAGUCCUAAGGAAGAUUCUGAACUCACAAUCAUGAAGAAAGCCUGUCAAGUGUCCGUCGAUAUUUUCAACAAAUAUCUCAAGGACCAGGUUAUGGACAUUAUUGAUGCUGAAAAGAAAGUAAAGCACGCAAAGUUGGCAGAAGGCGUGGAGACUGCCCUGACGGACAAGAAGUAUGUGGGUAAUGUGGACACCUCGAACCUGGACAUGUGUUACCCUGCUAUCAUCCAGAGUGGGGGUAAUUACAACCUCAAGUUCAGUGUUGUCAGUGACAAGAACAAUCUGCACUUCGGAGCAAUAGUUUGCUCGCUGGGAGCCCGCUACAAGUCGUACUGCUCUAACAUUGUCCGCACUCUCCUGGUAGACCCCACAGAUGCCAUCCAGGCAAACUACAAUUUCCUGGUUGAUUUGGAGGAGGAGCUGAUAAAAACUCUGCAGGCCGGCAAGAAGCUCUGUGACGUUUACGAACAUGGCGUCAGCUACACGAAGAAAGAGAAGCCAACUCUGGUGGACAACCUCGUCAAGAAUUUUGGUUUUGUAAUGGGAAUUGAGUUCCGAGAGAGUUCACUGACUAUUGGGCCCAAGACUCUUGCGGUGGCACGAAAAGGACAAGUUUAUAACCUCAAUGUUGGACUGUCAAACUUGGUCAACAAGGAGGCAUCUGAUAAGGAGGGCAAGGUCUACGCCCUUUUCAUCGGUGACACAGUCCUCGUCAACGAAGGCCAGCCCGCAACGCUGAUGACUCAAAGCAAGAAGAAGCUGAAGAAUGUUGCCAUGUUCGUGAAGCAGGAUAACGACGAGGAAGAGGAUGAGAAGGAGAACGAACCGAAGCCCGAGCCCUUGACAGGACGGGGUCGCCGGACGGCUGUGCUGGAGUCCAAACUUAGGACGGAUUCAUCGUCAGAAGAGAAGCGGAAGCAGCACCAGAAGGAGUUGGCUGCGCAGCUGAACGAGAUUGCGCGACAGAGGUUGGCUGCUCAGUCCGGCGGUGGGAAGGAGGCGAAGGUGCGCCGCUCUAAUGUCAGCUACAAGAGUCGCAAUCAGAUGCCCAACGAACCCGAAGUCAAGCAGCUAAAGAUAUUUGUUGACAAAAAGUACGAGACCGUUAUACUACCUGUGUUCGGGAUUCCGGUUCCAUUCCACAUCUCUACAAUCAAGAACAUCUCCCAGAGUGUAGAGGGAGACUACACCUAUCUGCGUAUCAACUUCUUCCACCCCGGAGCCACCAUGGCGAGGAACGAGGGCUCUGUCUUCGCCACCCCUGACGCUACCUUCGUUAAGGAAGUCACAUAUCGCAGUUCCAACACCAAGGAACCCGGCGAGGUGACUGCUCCCUCCUCCAAUCUCAACAUGGCAUUCCGGUUGAUCAAAGAGGUCCAGAAGAAGUUCAAGUCGAGGGAGGCCGAGGAGAAGGAGAAAGAGGAUCUCGUGCAGCAGGAUACCCUCAUCAUGUCCAACAACAAGAGCAAUCCCAAGCUGAAGGACCUCUACUUGCGCCGCCCGAACAUCGUCGCCAAGCGGAUGACAGGUACACUGGAGGCUCACAGCAACGGGUUCCGUUACACCUCAGUGCGCGGGGACAAGGUGGACAUACUGUACAACAACAUCAAGAACGCCUUCUUCCAGCCGUGCGACUCCGAGAUGAUCAUCCUUCUCCAUUUCCAUCUCAAGCACGCGAUAAUGUUCGGCAAGAAGAAGCAUGUAGAUGUGCAGUUCUACACAGAGGUGGGAGAGAUCACAACGGACUUGGGGAAGCACCAGCACAUGCACGACCGAGACGAUCUGGCCGCGGAGCAGAGCGAACGUGAGCUGCGAAACAAGCUCAAGCAGGCCUUCAAGAGCUUCACAGAGAAGGUGGAAACGAUGACCAAGCAAGAGAUCGAGUUCGACACGCCCUUCAGAGACCUCGGGUUCCAAGGUGCGCCCUUCCGCAGUACAGUGCUGCUCCAGCCCACCAGUGGCUGCCUCGUCAACCUGACGGAGUGGCCCCCUUUUGUUAUCACACUGGAAGACAUUGAGUUGGUCCACUUUGAGCGAGUCCAGUUUCACCUCAAGAACUUCGACAUGAUUUUUGUAUUCAAGGACUACCACAGGAAAGUGGCCAUGGUCAACGCCAUUCCCAUGAACAUGCUGGAUCACGUCAAGGAAUGGCUCAACUCCUGUGACAUCCGCUACUCAGAGGGUAUUCAGUCACUGAACUGGACAAAGAUUAUGAAGACCAUCACAGACGACCCCGAAGGCUUCUUCGAGAGUGGUGGCUGGACCUUCCUUGACCCUGAGAGUGAUGAUGAGGAGAAUCAGGAGGAUGAGGAGGAGGAGGAAGAUGAGGCAUACGAGCCAACCGAUAUUGAAUCUGAAGAAGAAUCGGAUGAUGAUUCGGAAUACUCUGAAGCUUCAGAAGACAGCGGGGACACAGAAGACGUGGGCAGUUCGGACGAGUCCGGCAAGGAUUGGUCGGAUCUGGAGAGGGAAGCAGAGGAAGAGGACAGAGAGAGACAGGACAACUUCCAAGAUGAGUACACAAGCAGCAAGGGUAAAAAGAGAGGACACGGCAAGGACCAUUCUCCCGACAAGAAACACAAGUCAGACAGGCACCAUUCCUCAUCUUCAUCGUCUAAACACAAAAGUAGUUCCUCCGGCCACAAAGAUUCACACAAAAGCAAAUCUUCACACCACAGCAGUUCAUCGAGCAAGGACAGGCAUCACGACAGGCACAAGUCCUCGUCCUCGUCGAAGAGCCCGAGUAAACACAGUUCUUCGGGAGAUAAACACAAGAGCUCCAGCUCUCACAGCAAGAGUUCCGGCUCUCACAACAAGAGCUCCAGCUCUCACAGCAAGAGCUCUAGCUCACACAAGAGCUCAAGUUCACACAAGACGCCUGACAAGCACAAAAGCUCCAGUUCCAGUGAUAAGAAACGUUCCAGGGAGGACUCAAGUCCUGACAAGAGCCACAAGAAGUCCAAUAAGUAAGUACACGCCACGAAGAACAUUCUCCCAGUGUUGUGAUGAAAUUGAACAAUGUUUCUCGAGAAGGCACUGCUUAUGUACAUUUCACUACUGAAGCCUGACUAGGACCCUAAGUUAUUUUGUAUUCUCUAGCAUAUUCAUUUCCAAUCUCUCAGAGCGAUCGUUACAACUCCGGUGCAGUGAAAGUAUAGUGUACAAGAAUUUGUGAAAUUCCAGUGUAUAAGUGUACAGUGUUGUGUUUUUGUUUACCCUCGGACGAUAAACUAUCUGUUUCUUUGUUGUGGUUACAUAGAGAACGUAAAUCACGUCUGAGAGCGACUUUUAUUGUUUGUUCUCGACAGAAAUGUCUGGAACAGUUCAUCUGUUCUGCUACAAGUAUUGGCUAUAUUGUUGUGGGUUCUCAAAUAAAACUCAACUUCUACCCGUGUUUAGACCUCUUUAGUGUUUUAAUGUUGAAACAUUCCUCUGCUAAUUGUCUACAGUACUCUGCCACCUGUACUGGAGGAAGUACAUGAUCUACUAAAGUAUAGUCUAAUUGUUUUAAAGAGUUUACAAUGAACGAUGUAUAUACACUGUACUGUGUUGGCAAUGGUGCAAUGUACGGCCAAACAUUUGUAAAUUUAAUUACUGUAUUAAAAUUGAAAAAAUUAUUUAUAAUUGCACAAUUUGUUUUAAAUUUUGAAAUUGCACAUUUCUAACCUACUCAGCUCUACGAUAAAUGAUAAUGUUUUGAAAGUGACCUUAAUUCCACUGUAAAAAUACAAGAAAGACCUUUUAUAUCUCUGAAAGUGUUAUACAUAUGCAUAGUGUUAGCAGUCUUGAUGGGUUCAACACUGAAGUUUUUAUUUUAUAAACAAUAGUUUCAACUUUUAGUUAGUUAUUAAUUUAAUAGCAAAUAAACUGAGAGCGAUAUUAAUUAUACUGAUUUACUAUAAAAAAAUAUUGUAUACUAUUUUUAACAGUAGCCAGGGUAGAACUACUAUAUACUGUAUAUACACAAUGAGUUUUAUAAAGUAUCCUAUAGCAAUUUCUAAUACUAAAGUAUACAUGGAUACUGUUAAUAGGUCACUGAUGUAUCCUGAAAAUAAAAACGCCAUUUUAAAACUGAUCCAGACUUGAAUUUGCUUGAGGCUCAGUUGGCAACAGUUGGAUUUACCAGAUCUUGUUCACUGUACACCUUGUGCAUGUAACCAUUUAUGUGUACAUUAUGCUCUCAGUUCACUAACUGUAAGGAUACCUCUGUCUGUUAUAAGUUAACCGAUGAUUAGUUGUAUCGUAAUACACAGUUUUUUUUACAGA